AUGGGUGAAUAUCUGUUGAGCAAAUACCCGCAACUACUGGAUGUCUGUAGCACUGAUGGUUACAAUGUCCUCCACGCCGCUGCUCUAGGAGGCAAUGUAGAUCUCUUUAAGUAUUUAUCAAGUAAAGGAUUAAAUGUCUAUUGUAAAACAAAUAAUGGGGUGACUGUGUUUCACAUGUGUUGUGAUGAGGGUAGAGAGGAAAUGUUUAGGUAUCUUGUAAAUAGGUAUCCAGGUUUAACAUCUGUCAUAGAUAAUAAAGGAUGGACAGCGUUACAUUCAGCUUGUAAGGUAGGAAGUGUUGAAAUUGUUUCUUUUCUUAUAGAAAAAGGGAUAGAUUUCAAUGCCUUGUCAAAUAAAGGUAAAACACUCUUGCAUAGAGCUUGUCUCAAUGGGAAGUUUGAAGUUUGUGAGUAUUUAGUUGAGAAUUAUCCCCAUCUAUUAGACGUCAGGGACAAAUCUAGUAAUACAGUGUUGCAUGAUGCAGCCUGGGGAGGCAAUGUUCAUAUAGUAAAAUUAUUGAUUGAGAAAAAGAUGGACAUCAAUGCACUACAGGGAGGUGGUGAAUCAAUUUUACAUCAGUGCUGUCGUUCUGGUAAAAUAGAGAUGUAUGAGUAUUUGGUCAAUCAUUAUUCAGAGUUAUUGGAGAUAAGAGACAAUUUUGGAUUGACAGUGUUACAUUCAGCUUGCUGUGGAGGAAGUGUUGAAAUUGUUUCUUUUCUUUUAGAAAGAGGAAUGAACAUUAAUGCCUUGUCAAAUAAGGGUAAAAAUAUCUUACAUAUAGCCUGUAUCAAUGGGAAGUUUGAAGUUUGUGUUUACUUAGUUGAGAAUUACCCCCAUCUAUUAGACGUCAAAGACAAAUCUAGUAAUACAGUGUUGCAUGAUGCAGCCUGGGGAGGCAAUGUUCAAAUAGUAAAACUCUUGAUUGAGAAAAAUAUGGACAUUAAUGCCCAACAAAGAGAUGGAGAAACAAUUCUACAUCAAUGCUGUCGCUCGGGUGAGAUGAAGAUGUGUGAGUAUUUGGUCAAUAAUUUUCCAGAUUUAUUGGAGAUAAGGGACAAUACGGGGUGGACAGUGUUACAUUCAGCUUGUAACGGAGGAAGUGUUGAAAUGGUUUCUUUUUUGUUACAAAAUGGAUUGGACUCAAAUGCUUUGUCAAAUGAUGGUGAAAAUAUUUUGCAUAUUGCUUGUAUGAAUGGUAAACAUGAUGUUUGCAAAUAUUUAUCAACAAAUUACCCAAACUUGUUAGAUGUCAGAGACGGUCAUGGUCAAUCAGUGAUGGAUAUUGCUACUGAGUGUGGGGACAUAGAUAUGAUUCAUUUGUUGAGAGAAAAAUGAGAAAAGAAAUCUUUAUUUAAUUUUAUUCUUUACGAAAGAAAUGCUGUGAAACUUUCCUAAAGCACUUGAUGUACAAUGGUUAUUUUCACAAAGUUUGAAAAACAGUUUUCCCCCUUGUAGGUCACGGGUAUAAAACUUUAACAAUGGAAAUAAAUGUUUGGAGAUAUUCAUGAAUAAUAGUUUCCUUGACAUUAUUUGGGUAAAGUUUUGAAAACAUUCGCAUUGGUAUAUUGGUGUUUCUUUUCUUUUCUCUUUCUAUGCAUAUAUAAGAAAGAAGUCAUUUUAAAUAAGAUGAAGAUAGAGAGAUCAAUAUCAUACAUCCUCAAGAAAUUGAGAACAAGACCAGAAUACGGCCCCUUAAAAUCUCCAAAGAG